GAGGUGUAAUUGUUGAGCUCUCCAGAGCUCGCUAGUCUUUCAGAUGUUCAUGCCCUGUGCAAAUGCGUUCAAAGCUUGGCCGCCUAGACCAAGCGAGACAUAAUGCGCUUACUCCUUCUUAUAGCCAGCGUACUAUGCACACGGUGGACACUGCCAGAGGUCGCGGCGUACCAGCGUGCCCAGCGCCCGAACCUUCAAAACCUCACAGCCGAGGAGGUUCAGCUCGCGGAAGUGUACUGGGCCUAUCGCGUGCAUGACCGAGUGGUUCGACCGCCGGGGGAGCGCGGCCCUCGGCCGGGCCGGGCCGAUCUGUCGUACGCCUUUGUCACCCCCCUGCCGGAGCGGCUAGCGGGUAUCGGCUAUGUGGGGCACGCGGCACGACUGCGGCUGGUGCUGGAGCGAGUGAGGCGGGGGGCCGCAAUUCGUGUGGGGGCACUGGGCGGCAGCAUUACCUUUGGACAGGGUGCGGGUGGGCCCGAGUUCACCUACGCGGCCCAGUUUGUGGAGUGGCUGAACGCGGCCCUGCCACCCGACCGCCCGGGCCGCUUCACAGAGCUGCCCGUGCCCUACUGGAGCGGCUCGGGCGGCAGUAGCGGCAGUAGCAGUAGCGGCAGUAGUAGCGACAGUAGCAGCAAUGGCAGUGGUGGUGCAAGUGGCAGUAGCGAUAACGGCACCAGUAGCAGCAGCAGCAGCAGCAGCGAAGCAGGCAGGUCACUGCUGCAGGAGUCGGCAAGUGCGGCGGCGGCGGCAGUAGCAGACGCGCCAGACGCGUCGGUGGCCUCGCGAAGAUUCCAUAUCCACCCAUAUCGCUUACGCAUCCUGCAGCAGGCCGCAGAGGCCGGGAGGGCGGGUCGGGUCACGGCGGGGCGCGGCCGCAGGAGCGGCGGCCGGCGCCGCGCGGGGGCCAGCGACGGGCAGCAGCAGCAGAUGGGUGGGCCAGGAGCGGCAUCGGCAUCCGCGUCAGCAUUAGCAGCAUCAACAUUAGUAGCCGUCAGUUCGGACGCUCGAGCCGCGGGCAUGACGGCAGCAGAAGAGGAGGCGGGGACAGGCCCGGGCGGCAGCGGCGAUGGUGCGGCCGCGGCGGGUGCGCCGGCGGCGGCGGCGGCGGGGCCGGGGCGUGUGCAGGUCCGGCGGUUCCGCCACCACUACAUGAGCGGCGCCGUACCAGGCACUCAGUCGGGCUACAUGAGCAGCUGCCUGCAGCACCACCUGCCGCGUGACGCCGACCUGGUGCUGCUGGACUACGCCGUCAACGACCCGCCGCAGCCCGCGCCGGCCUUCGACGACCCGCACCGCCGCGCCUUUGAGCGGCUGCUGCGCAAGGUGCUCACGUGGCCCAGCCGCCCAGCCGUGGUGCUGGUCAACAUGUUCGCGGCGGGGGCGGCGAGGGGCAGGUACUACUACAACGCGGAGCGCGACUUCUCCGAGCUCUCCUCCUACUACGGCGUCCCGGCAGUCAGCCUCAAAGCGGCCCUGGUGCCAGCAUACAGCGCAGCGGCUGUAGCAGCCGCAGCUGCCUCAGCUGCUACAGCCGCCACCGCGCCCGGCCGUAGCAGCAGCAGCAGCAGCGCUGCUAUCGGCGGGGGUGGCGCGGGGUUGCUCCGGGGAAACUCCAACGGUUCCUUUACCUCCUCCGGAGCCGCCACCGCCGCAACCGCCACAACCACCACGGCUGUAGCAGCCGCGCAGGCCGCCGCCUGGAGGCUCCAGCUGCCCGCCGCUGCCGUGGGCUACGCGCCCGGCUCCAGCUCUGCUACUGCCGCACGCCAGACGGCGGCGCUGCGUAAUGCCAGCCUGCCGGUGCUACUGCCGGCGGUGUUCAACGGCGGCAAGCACCACCCCGGGCGAGGGGGCCAUGUGGUGGCGGCGGAGCUGUUGAUAAGCCUGGUGAUGGAGCUGCUUCAAGCGAACGAGCACCUGACAGACCUCAUAGAUGGGCCAGAUGCCGCAUGGGCCGCUGCUGGCGUCAGCAACGACACAAGCAGUAGCAGCAGCAGUAGCAGCAGUAGCAGCAGCAGCAGCAGUAGCAGUAGCAGCAGCAGCAGCAGUAGCAGUGGCGGCGGCCGUGGCGGCGGCAGCGGCCCUGCUCUGCGAGGGCUGGGCCCGGCGGCGGCGGCGGCUCUGGAGGAGCUGUCCUCGCGGCCGCUGCCGCCGCCCCUGGCCGCGGGUAACUACGAGGCGGCAAACACCACCUGCUACAUAGAGCACGAGCUGACGGCCAUCGUGCAGCAGCCGGCUCCGGGCUGGAACUACACGGAUGAGGGCCGCGGCAAGUGGGGCUGGGUGGCGCUGGAGGCAGGCAGGGAGCUGAGGCUGAGGCUCAACACGCGGCUACCGGGCGAGAGGGCCGCACGCGGCGCACGUGACCCCAUCGUGGUGCAGGUCGCCUACCUACAGAGCUACAGCGGCAUGGGCGCCGCGCGUGUUAGCUGCGAGUCGGGGUGUGUGUGCGAGGCGGCGGCGGCGGCGGGGCUGGAGGUGGAUGCACACGACCCGCGGCCCGUGUCGGUCACCAGCAUUGCAGACCUGCGGGUGAGUCAACAUGAGGCGUGCAUGCUGCGCAUCACGACACUGGGCCCCGGGCGCAACGCCAAGCGGAGCAAGCGGCCGGCGGGGGGCGGCGGCGGCGGCUUGGGUCAGCCCGGCAGCAAGUUCAAAGUGAUGGGAGUUGUGGUGGGCGAGGAGCCGGGCGCAUCCGCCGGGACCGUCAACUGGGUGCGGCCGGAGAGCCACGAGAGCGCGCAGCUCAUGCGGCUCAUGGCCAACCACACCAGCAACUUCUCCAUGAUAAACCACUACUAGUGUGCACUAGUAUUUGCUGCUGACCAAGAAAGGCGGGGUGCGAGGGGGCGAGCCGGGGCGAGGUGGGGCGCGAGGUGGAGUGAGGCGGGGUGAUGCGGCCCGGUAGGGCGCGAUGGGACAGGGUGACGGGCAGGUUGGCGUAGUCCCCGUAGUGUGUGCGGCGUGUUCCCAGGCACCAACACUCAACAAUCAAGUUGUGAAGGCAAGGCAUGAGCGCGGGGCUGGUAGAACGCCAGAGCUACUGUACCGCGGCGUCUGGCUUGCUGGCAGGCUGGUACUUUGCUGACGCGCAUUCCUCACGCUCUUUGUGGUAGGGCAAAAGUGCCCCUACUUAAGUGCCCCGCAAGCAUAAUGUUAUGGAACAAUGUCAUGAUAGGCGGCAGGAUCGAAGUCAUUGGUCCAGCAUUGCCCAUCGCUGUGUCUCACUAGCUACUACUUUGAUUUGGCAUCACAAUCGUUAACGCUAAUACCAGGUUGGGGGGAGGGGGAGGGCACACGGGGGACACGCCCAAGCGUGUCAGAUUCACAGUCCGAGAGUGUCACAGAUGCCGUACGGCCCUUCCCGUGCGGGGCAACGUGCGGGGGGUCCAGGGGGCGGAAAGGGGGCUUCCCCGACGCCAAACUUGCGGACUUGCCCCCCCCAUA